GGGGCGUGUCAGCUAUGGUGACGACGCCCUGAUGCCCCCGGCCGCGGCCCCCCGCCCCGGGCCCCUGGACCAGCUGAGCUUCAACCAGCCCAACACCGAGAACCACGUGUUGGCCCUGAUGCCGGAGGAGAGGCGGGAGGUGGUCCUGGACCCCGAGGAGGAACAGGGCACUGGCUACGAGGUCCACCCCCAGAGGCUGGUGUUCAUCGCUGAGGAUGUGAGCUCCAACAAGGGCGCCAUUAUCGGACUGAUGGUGGGAGGAGUCGUCAUAGCGACGGUGAUUGUCAUCACCCUGGUGAUGCUGAGGAAGAAACAACACUCGUCCAUCCAUCAUGGAGUGGUCGAGGUGGACGCGGCGGUGACCCCUGAAGAGCGACACCUCACCAAGAUGCAGCAGAACGGCUACGAGAACCCCACCUACAAGUUCUUUGAGCAGAUGCACAACUGAAGUCUCCUCUUAGGUCCUCCCUUCAGAUUAACCCCCAUGGCCUGCUCCAUCCCGGCUCCACGCCCUCACCUGGGGGUACCUCCACGCCCUCACCUGGGGGGUACCUCCACGCCCUCACCUGGGGGGUACCUCGCCCUCACCUGGGGGUAGCUCCUCGCCCUCACCUGGGGGUACCUCCUCGCCCUCACCUGGGGGUACCUCGCCCUCACCUGGGGGGUACCUCCACGCCCUCACCUGGGGGGUACCUCGCCCUCACCUGGGGGUACCUCCACGCCCUCACCUGGGGGUACCUCCUCGCCCUCACCUGGGGGUACCUCGCCCUCACCUGGGGGGUACCUCCACGCCCUCACCUGGGGGGUACCUCGCCCUCACCUGGGGGGUACCUCGCCCUCACCUGGGGGUACCUCCACGCCCUCACCUGGGGGGUACCUCCACGCCCUCACCUGGGGGGUACCUCGCCCUCACCUGGGGGUACCUCCACACCCUCACCUGGGGGGUACCUCCACGCCCUCAUCUGGGGGGUACCUCGUGUGGUUGUAGACCUGGUCCGGACCAGGAUCACACGGUCCGGCGGCCUGGAGCUGGAAUGGAACACAGGCUCCCGAACCCCUGACCCCUAGAGGACUGUUGACCUCUGACCCCUAGAGGACCUGAACCCCCUCUGACCCCUAGAGGACUGUUGACCCCUAGAGGACCUGGACCCCCUCUGACCCCUAGAGGGGUCGCCCAUUUCACUUGCACAACGUAAGCCAAUCACAGAGCACGUCAUUGUGUGUACAGAGUAGCCAAUGGCAUGUCUUAUGUCAGGUCAUCAGGAUUGAGUCCUUUGACGUCUUGUCUCGGUUCCUCCUCAUGCUCCAGACAACAGCUGGGCUGUUUAUGACGGGGUGAGCCCUAACCCUGUUUAUGACGGGGUGAGCCCUAACCCUGUUUAUGACGGGGGGAGCCCUAACCCUGUUUAUGACGGGGUGAGCCCUAACCCCAACGCUCUCAGCUCUUAGGAUUAAACACCUCAGGGUUGUUUUUAAUGAAGAAAAACCGAGAGAAAAGGAUUUACAGAAUAUGUACAGUUUAAGGACGAGUGGUUUUUCAUUUGAUGUGCAUUGAUGAGGUUAGCUCCGAGUAAACGUAGUGCAUGUUGCCUAAGACCUCCUGGCAGGACUGUACAUUUCUAGGGUUAGGUUUCUUUUGGACAUCAGGAGGAGGUGUAGGAACAAUGUGCUUCGCUGCAACACAGAAUUGCUUUAAGGAGCCUUUCCCUCCCCUUUCUGCAUGGGCAGAACAACGCUCUGUGAUAUUUUAUUGUAGUGUUUGAGUUCUAUGCACACCAGUCCCUUCUUAAGUGGAUUCCCUGUCCCCGCCCGCCCACCCACCCAGCCCGGAGAAGAUCCGAGUCCAGCCUUGAGAUGCAGGGUGGUGCAUCGUUGGUUCUGAUGGUUCCUCUUCGUCGGUUCCACUCCUCCAGAGCGGCUGUGUUUUAGUUUCCCUUUAUUCCUAUAACCACUCCCCUGUUCUGUCUGACCGCACUCCCUCCAUCGUUCAGCUCUCCAGAGAACUGAACUGUACUCCAGAGAUCUGCAGCCUGCUCUGCAUAUAUCCCCACUCAGCUGCACUCCCCUGAAACCAUCUCUCCCGUCCACAUUCUAUUUUUCUAUCUUUGUUUAUACGUGUACAGUGUGUUCAGUGCUGAGAACCUUUGCUUGCCUAUUCGUUAAGUGUUUUAGUUGUGAAGUAUCCCGCUUGUAAAGCAGACAAACCCUGACCUGCUGACCAGCAUGUUAGAACCCCGAGCAUGAUCAGACUGAAGGACUGCAGUACCCAGAAGGCCAUACUCCAGUCCACCAUAAAGAGACUGAAGGACUGCAGUACCCAGAAGGCCAUACUCCAGUCCACCAUAAAGAGACUGAAGGACUGCAGUACCCAGAAGGCCAUACUGCAGUCCACCAUAAAGAGACUGAAGGACUGCAGUACCCAGAAGGCCAUACUCCAGUCCACCAUAUAGAGACUGAAGGACUGCAGUACCCAGAAGGCCAUACUCCAGUCCACCAUAAAGAGACUGAAGGACUGCAGUACCCAGAAGGCCAUACUCCAGUCCACCAUAUAGAGACUGAAGGACUGCAGUACCCAGAAGGCCAUACUCCAGUCCACCAUAAAGAGACUGAAGGACUGCAGUACCCAGAAGGCCAUACUGCAGUCCACCACUCCUCCCUCACCUCCACGUGAUGAAUGAUGACCGACGAUGAAUAGAACCGGGGCACCCCGAGGCCUCCGGGGCACCCCGAGGCCUCCUGAGGCCUCCUGACCCCCCGGCCGAGAGACACACGGCGAGGGGGUGCAGGGAUUUGAUCAUUUAACUUAUUUAGCUUUUAUCAUUUGGUUCUUUGAAGUCUUGUUGUAAUAAUGAUGAGGUCAUCACCAGGGAUCACUUCCUGUUCAGCUCAGUGAACCACCUGCUUAGUGGACUGCUUUGUACCCACAACCCCCUCAAUAAAGUUUGAAU